CCUUGGGGAUCCUGACAGAGUUUGUGAUGCUCAAGCUCAGGCCGCCCUUGAGUGGAGCUUUGCAGAGCCGAAGCUUACAGGGAGAGGAGGAUCCUCCCGCGGCGUCUGAUUGGAGGAAACGCGCUGUAGGAUUCUUCCCGCUUGGAUCAGUUUAGGGGAUCUGGUGGGAGGGAGAUUCGUCGGUGUGUUGGGUGUAUUGCUCCGGAGUCCUCGGCCAUUCGCUGAGAGUGGAUGGGGAUCGCAGCGGGAUCGGGCGGAAACUGAGCCUCUCAGGACCGGGAUCCCAGCUGAUCCCAGGGGGGUUCUCAGGGCGGAAUCUACCGGGACAAAGGCCCCAGGAGGAUCGGGCCGUGGGAGAACUGGGGCCGCUGCAAUCCAGGUUCUCGCGGCAAGUGCCCGGCAGGGCGCAAGUGAUCCUUUGAUCGCGGCGGCAGCGACAGCAGCAGUGGCGGCAGUAGGAAAACGCCGGCUCCAGGCGGCCGACCGGGGGCGCCCUUUCGCACCCCAGGUCUUUGGCCCGUGGGCUACCGGGAGCUGCGGGCUACCAUGAAGGGCGGAGCCCCAUGGAAAGGGCUGGCCCUCACUCCCCACUCCCCUACUCCCCACCUCCCACCCCAGGCUGCAGCCUGGGAUCCCCCAGGGACUCCCCGGAGCCGCCGCUUCCCCCAUGGACUUGCCCGGGGACUCCAGCCCGCCUGGUCAGCCACGUCUGUGCCGCCAGCCCCUGACUCGAGCAGUAUGGGGAGCCAGAAGUCCGAAACGGCCGAGGCUACAGCCCCCGGUGGCCCCUUCACCCUUGGAAAAGGCCUCUCGGCGGGUCCUGGCCGUGGUACUGGAAGACGUCAUGGCCGCCCAUAUGGUCCCCCUGGUGCCCCAAGAGGAAACCUCUACUCCACGGCACCGCAGCAACCGUUGGGAUUCUGUCCACAAUCAGCUGUCCGCCUCACCACCCCGACAGCCCAUGUGGUCGUCACAGACCAGGCCUCCCUACCCACUGCACUUAUGCCGAGAGCCCUUGAGCCGCAACCACCAGGCUUCUUCCACCCUGAGGUGUCGAUCAAGGACAACCCCUGGCCCAGAGGAAGGCCCUUCACAAGAGGUGGACCGGUCCCCACAGCCCACUCUGGUGGUGAUGCUAGAAGAUGUUGCCAGUCCAAGAUCACCAGCUGAGGGCUUCACGGACGAGACUCCCAACUUCAUCAUCCCAGCGAGAAGAGCUGAAUCCAUGAUGAUGGUUCACCAGACAAUGCCUCCACCCAAGAACCUGGACGCCCCAUUCCAGGUAUCUGCCCUGCCUGCAGACCCUCUAGAGAACUCAUCACCAGCCCCAGAUCCUGUUCUGGAAGCCCCAUCGACCCCACCGCCAUCCAGCCUUUUACGCCCCCGCCUCAGUCCCUGGGGCUUGGCCCCCCUCUUCCGUUCGGUUCGCUCCAAGCUGGAGAGCUUUGCUGACAUCUUCCUCACACCCAACAAAGCCCCACAGCCCCCACCCCCAUCACCCCCCAUGAAGUUGGAGUUGAAGAUUGCCAUCUCAGAGGCUGAGCAGUCCAGACCUGCUGAGGGUACUGCAUCUGUCAGUCCCCGCCCCCCUAUCCGCCAGUGGCGAGCUCAAGACCAGAAUCCCCCAGUACCUCUCCCUAAGCCAUCUCUGGGCCGAAGCCACUCCUGUCCUGACCUGGGGCCUCCUGGCUCAGAUACCUGCAGCUGGCCCCCUGCUUCACACCACCCAAGCCGGCCACGGCCUCGGCGGCAUACUGUGGGUAGUGGAGAGAUGGCUCGAGCCCCGCCACCGCCACCCCCUCGACCCUGUCUCCGGAAAGAGGUCUUCCCUCUUGGAGGAGUGGGAGGCUCUCCUCCCCUCAUCACAUCUUGUUCGUCCACCGCAUCCACUUCCUCCUCCUUCUCUGAACCUGCAGAACCCAGGUUGGGCUCAACCAAGGGGAAGGAGCCACAGGCCUCAGAGGACCAAGUGCUUUCAGACCCUGAGACCAAGACCACAGGAAAGGUUUCUCGAUUUAGAAUACGCAGGACACUGGCCCGUCCUCAACUAAACCUUACACCAAUGGGGCUGCCUCGACCAAUCAGGUUAAACAAGAAGGAGUUCAGCUUGGAAGAAAUUUACACCAACAAGAAUUAUCAGUCACCUACAACCAGGAGGACCUUUGAGACCAUCUUCGAGGAACCCCGGGAGCGCAAUGGGACUCUGAUUUUGACCAGCUCGAGGAAGCUGCGGCGGGCUGUGGAAUUUCGGGACAGCAGCCUUCCUCGAUCCCGGCGGCCAUCUCGUGGGGUCCGGGCUGCAGCUGGCAGGACCCUUACUCCUAAUGUGGCCCCCAGCCCAGAUGUGGGACCCCUGCUGCAGCAGCGGCUGGAGGAGCUGGAUGCUUUGCUCCUGGAAGAGGAGGAUGUGGAUAGGGAGCUGCCCCAUCAGACCUAGGAGCUCCAUCUGUUUACCUGUACAUCCAUCCUGGAGGAAGGGGAAGCCUCCGAGGCCAUUUCAUUUUUUUCCUC